UAAACUCAGAAUCUUGAAGCAUAUACUUUCACAGCUCACCUAAUGGUGGCUAUCGAUUUAUUUACCACAAUCAUUAUUGGGUUCCUCCUUCCACUAACCACCUUCCUGCUUCGCUCGUCUCGUAUAUAUACGGAGAGACAUUAAAAAAAAAACCAAUACGCCUCUUCUUCGUCUCGUUUUCUCCGUUUUCAUUCCUCUCUCUCUUUCUCUCUCUCCACAUAUCUUGGGAUCUGUCCGGAAGCUCCUCUCGUUCCAGAGUUCUCUUCAAUAACAUUGAAAGCCUAACACCUGGGAAUGUGGAAAGAUGGGCUUGAAUGUUGAUAACUCCAUCUCUGAAAACUACGAGAUAGUGUGUCUAUUUGGCCUGACUGCGUUUGUUCCCAAUGAAUUCGGAUCCACAACUUAUACCACAUUCAAGCUCCAUAACCAAAUGUGCAAUGAAGCCACCCGUUACAAACGCCCUGUCAAGUUGGAGCAUGAUCUUGUUGAAGACGGUUGAGGUCUUCAAUUAAAGACUCCUGCCCUGGAAAUAGUAUAUAUCAUAGUAGCCGGAGAAUAUAAAUUUCCGGUCUAUAAGUUUUUUUCUGUUUUGAAAUGGUAAAAGAAGGGAAUGUAUUGAUGAAAAGGUAUGAUUUCGGUAGAUUAUUAGGCCAAGGAAACUUUGCUAAGGUCUACUAUGGGAGAAACCUUAAAUCUGGCCAGAGUGUGGCCAUAAAAGUAAUUGACAAAGAGAAGGUUUCGAAGGUUGGGUUAAUUGAACAGACCAAGCGAGAAAUAUCUGGCAUGGGUAUGGUAAAACACCCGAAUGUAGUGCAGCUAUAUGAGGUCAUGGCCACCAAAACAAAGAUAUACUUUAUCAUGGAAUAUGCCAAAGGUGGAGAGCUUUUUCAUAAGGUGGCCAAAGGAAGGCUCAAGGAAGAUCUUGCGAGGAAGUAUUUUCAACAGUUGAUCUGUGCCGUCAAUUUCUGUCACAGCAGGGGAGUUUAUCACCGCGAUUUGAAACCAGAGAACCUGCUGAUUGACGAGAACGGGGUUCUAAAGGUGUCUGAUUUUGGCCUAAGUGCCCUUUCUGAGUCUAAGCGUCAAGAUGGAUUACUCCACACCACUUGUGGGACCCCUGCCUAUGUUGCUCCUGAGGUGAUCAGUAGAAAAGGAUACGACGGAGUUAAAGCUGACAUCUGGUCUUGUGGGGUAAUAUUGUUUGUUCUUUUAGCCGGUCAUCUUCCGUUUCAUGACUCAAACCUUAUGGAGAUGUAUCGGAAGAUAAGCAAGGGGGACUACAAAUGCCCUAACUGGUUUCCACCGGAAGUGCGUAGGCUUCUGAGUAGAAUCCUUGACCCUAACCCAUGCAGUAGGAUUUCCAUUGCCAAAAUCAUGGAAAAUCCUUGGUUUAAGAAAGGGUUCAACACUAAAUCCGUAAGCGCUGAAGUGGAACGAAAGGAAGCAGUUCCCUUGAAUUCUAAUGCCAGUUUGACCGCUCACGGGGAUAGUAGUGCUGCUGCUGCUGCUGAGGCAAAAGUAGAAUCACCCAAGCCAGUAAAUUUGAAUGCUUUUGAUAUAAUCUCACUUUCGACAGGGUUCGAUUUAUCUGGUUUGUUUGUGGAAAAUGACCAGAAGGAAGAAGUACAAUUCACAUCUGCAAAGCCUACCGCGGAUAUCAUAUCCAGAUUGGAAGAGAUUGCCAUGCAUCUGAAUUUGAAAGUUUUGAGGAAGGAUGGGGGCUUGUUAAAAUUUGAGCGAUCAAAUGAAGGUGUAAGGGGGGCAUUCUCCCUUGAUAUCGAAAUAUUUGAAAUCACUCCAUCUUUCCAUUUGGUCGAGUUGAAAAAGUCCAAGGGUGAUACAUUGGAGUAUCAGAAGACAUUGAAAUGGGAUAUACGACCGGCUCUUAAAGAGAUUGUUUGGGCUUGGCAAGGGGAACAACAACAAUAGGUACAACUGCAGGUGCAGCCGUCCUCAUCAUACACAGCCUGUAAGUGGUUUCGUAAUCUUCGUUAUUGUGGUUUUGUGAUUUUUUGGAGGAGUUUGUUCUUUUCCUCUGUCCUUCCAACUGAACUCUGUAUUCUCGAUUUACACAUUUGCAAGAUGCCCUAAUGUUGUGUAUAGAUGAUUAUCAAUGUUAUCGACAUUUCUGUU